UAGUUUCAUGAAGUCGUAAUUAAUAAAAAUGGGUUGUUGUUGUUCAUCAAACAAGAAUAAAUAUGAUGUAUUUUUAAGUUUUAGAGGUGAGGAUACUCGAGAUAAUUUCACAAGUCAUUUAUGUAAAGCUUUGAGCCAGAAAAAGAUCAAAAUCUAUGUAGAUGACAUGCUCGAGAGAGGAGAUGAAAUCUCAACCGCUCUUCUCAAAGCAAUCAAGAAAUCAAGGGUUUCGAUUAUUAUUUUCUCGGAAAAUUAUGCUUCUUCCUCUUGGUGCUUAGGUGAGCUGGUACAAAUACUCAAAUGCAAGAAAAAAAAUAACAAACAUAGAGUUAUUAUACCAGUCUUCUAUGGUGUCGAUCCUUCUCGACUACGAAGUCAACAUACCAAGUUUGUAUUCUCAUCUAAAGGCUCCAAGGCUAAGAGACGUGCUUGGAGAGAGGCUUUGAAUCAUGCUGCAAAUAUUUCAGGAUGGGGUUCACAAAAUAUUAGGCCAGAGUCCAAGUUAGUCGAGGCAAUUGUUGAAGAUGUGAUGAAGAAAUUGAAUCGUAGUUAAUUAGAAUAGAUGAUGAUGAUGAUGAUGAUAUGAUCAUAUAAUUACAUUGGCAAUAAGGGCUAUUAAAUGUUUAUGUAUUUUAUUUAUAUGUAAUCCAUUUUUUUUAGAAAUUUUU